AAAACGUUCCAAUGUUUAAUCUCCGGGUUUAACUAUAUACUGUCAUAUUUUUGAUACACAUUUUAAAAGUUCCUUCCUCAAACUUUACCACUGAUUUAUUUUCGGCAUCCAACUAAAAACCGUAAAAGAAAAUGCUCCUUCAAACCGGAAGUGCUCAGAUGUCAACUCAUUUCCGGGUUUUUAAACGCUACCAGAGCCCUAUUCACACCGACAAAACAACAUGUACAUUCAAAUGAAUAGUCCUGGAGAGUAUUGAUACAUGUGGAUCAUUUCGUUAAUUAUUUCAUAAUGUAUUUUGAAAUACUGUCCAUCAGUUUACAUGUGUGUAAUUUUUGUAACCCGACAGAAAGCAGCGAACUUGCCUCCAACAAGGAAAACAAAAGAAGAUAAAGGGGGAAUGUUUUUUUUGUUUUUUUGUUCUUACUUCCUCAUCUGUUCUGUGUUUCGUUUUGGAGCGUCACUGCUCCUCACUUCUCGAGAACUUCCUGGAUUCCUCGUCACGCACUCGGACGUCUCCCACGUCCGCGUCUCCCCCCUCGUCUCAUCCGCGUAUUUGCAUUUUCUUUUUCUUUGCGUUGCCUCGUUAAUAUUCCAGGUGUGGCCACUCUGUUAUGCGUAUUGUUGCGGUGUGUGUGUGAGUUUGUGAGUGUGUGUGUGUGUGAGUUUGUGAGUGUGUGUGUGUGUGAGUGUGAGUGUGUGUGUCGCUCGGCUGACCGGCGAUGGCCACCGCGCCGCCGUCCGCGCUCCACGUGAGGUCGGCCGAUCUCAUCAAAAAAGAGCCCCUGGACUACGGAAGCUUUGGAGAAGUCUACCUGUGCUACCACGUCACCCUCGGCCAGGUGGUGCUGAAGACCAUGUACACGGGGCCGCUGAGCAACGCGAGGAGUCAAAAGUCGCUGCUGGAGGAGGGGAACGUCAUGGCGAGCCUGACCCAUGACCGGGUGGUGAAGUUGCUGGGGGUGAUCAUGGAAGACCGAGACUGCUCACUAGUUAUGGAACUCAUCCCCAGAGGCAACCUGUCAAGCUUGCUGGAAACGGUCGCCGUGCCGCUGUCCAUCAAGGGCAGAUUCAUCUCAGAGAUUCUGGAAGGGAUGGUGUACCUCACGGAGAGGCAAGUCAUACACAAGGACAUCAAGCCAGGAAACAUUUUAGUGGACAAGGAUUUUCACAUCAAGAUUGCAGACUUUGGCCUGGCCACCAGCCGCACGUGGAGCAAACUGACGAAGGAGGAAUCUCGCAAGAGGAGUCUCAUGGGGCGAUCAGCAGAGGUGAGAGGGGCCGGCACCCUGAGCUACAUGGCCCCUGAGCACCUGCAGAGCGUACACACAGCCUCCACUGAGAAGUCCGACGUCUACAGCUUUGCAAUUGUGCUCUGGGUGAUCCUCACGGGGGAAGAGCCCUACGCAAAUGCAAGGAGUGAAGAACAAAUCAGCCAGUGUGUCCAGAAGGGGGAACGACCGGAGGAGAGCCUGAUUCCCGGCGACGCGCUCGAAGAGAUGAUUGCGCUUAUGAGGAGGUGCUGGGGUCACAAUCCGCUGCAACGGCCCACAUUUAAAGAGGGCUACGACUUCUUCCUUCCCGUCUACGCGGAGAGGCUUGAACCCCACGUAGAGGACGAUGUACUGGAAUUCAGGAAAAUAUAUGAAGGCCCAGAGGAACUCAUUGAGAAGAUGAAGUCUUUGUCAAUGACCCAGGAUUGUUUAUCCGCUGAUUGUCCAGCACCGCUGCUGAGUUCAGACGGAAGUGUACCCGAGCCGGUUGAAGCCAGCAUUGAGGACCUGCACGGCCUCCAGCACCAGCCGCCCGUGGACUCUCUCCAGACGGAUGCAAAGGCGGGCGAGACGCCUUCAGAUCUGGAGGAGAAACUUGCCCGGGAGUUCCAGUACCACAAACACGGCAGCUAUUACCGCGAGGACCAGCAGGGCGGCGCCCGCUGCCUCCCUCACAGCCACUCGCACCCUUUCCUGCCGAACCACGUCAGCCCCUCAGAUUACGUCGCCAGGCGACCGGAGCCUGACAGACCCGCCGCGUCCUCUGUCCUUUCUUGGACAAAAGCGGGGCCGGUGCAGCCCAGCAGCCAGGAAGAGGCUUGUUAUCGCCCCACCGCGGGACAUGGCUCCCAGAACUCUUCCCCACCGUCGUGGUACACCAUGUCGACGUCUGCCGGCUCGCCUUCUCUAUCCCAGUUCAACCAGCAGGAUCCACUUUCCCACUACGACCGCCAGCGUUCGUGUCCAGCUUACCCUGUGUCUGAAACGUCCGCGCCUGCCUUCGGCCCCGGGCGUCUCCUGACCCCUAACAAGGGCUUCUCACAACAAGAUUCAGCAUCUCUCAUGAUAACCAAUGCCAGCGGCAUCCAGAUUGGGAGCAACAACACGAUGCAUAUCAGAAGUUACGAUUCCAUCAGUAGUUUAGAGUCGGGGCCAUCCGACCCGGCUUCGUCUACCAUCACAGAACGCAUUGUGAAAUGUGAGGAGCGGGCUGUGACCGAGGAGCACCUGGAUCUGGUGAGGAAAAACGUCGGAGCCAAAUGGAAGCGUCUUGCGCGCCGACUGGAUCUGACCACCGUGGAAAUAGAGACCAUCGAGCAUGACUGUGACCGCGACGGCCUGCCAGAGAUGGUGCACCAGAUGCUGGAGCAAUGGAAGAUGAAGAACGGGAGGAUGGGCUGCACCAUCGGGAAGCUUUGUCGCGCUCUGGAGGGCCAAGUGAAGGUAGACGUCAUCCACAGCAUUUGUGACACCUGCUGUUCUUCCUCCUCGGCCCGAUGAGCUUCCCAUCAUCACUCCAAAUGACUUUCUACCUGCGAUGGUUGCAGUUUUUGAACGGUUUGAAUCAUUUAACAGACCAAAACCACUAUUGACCCAUUACCUUUGGGUUCAUGUAUCGUCUCUGACGUGCGUAGAAUGUUGGUGCUAAAUCUCAGCUUCAGCUUCAUCUUAGUAGGAAAAAAACUAUUUGCUGAUCAUCAUAAUGACCACAGAGCUCAUGUUUACGGAUUAGAACCAUCACUGGACCUUUAUUGUGACGGUCUAUAAGCGCUGGGUGCCUUUUCAAAUAACUGACUAUCAAACUCACACGGUCGAGGUUCAGAUUUGACUCAUCAUAGGAUUUCAUAAUCAUUGUAUGUUAUUAAAUAUCAAGUAAUAAUUGCCUUUUGUAUUCACGUGGGAGAUGGAACAAGAAUUGAUACAAAAGUCAUAUUUUGAAAGAGAAACAUUGGUAUUCUCUCAAGGGUUGUGUAAUACGUUUUCACAGUUGCUGUAGCUUUAAAUAAAGAGGAGUCAUGUGGGAGAAACACAAAGACUCACGAAAACAGGUAAAUUUGUUGACAAGACGGUAAAAAAAAUAAAGUGUCAUUUUUAUGUAACAAG